AUGAUUAAUUAUAAUAAUCAAGUCUAUUUGUUUCAACCUGAAUCAUCAGCAUCAUUUGGUCUUUCAUUAGAACCAAAUCCAUUACCAGUAACAUCAAAUAAAAAUGAACUUGAUAUUAAUUAUGAAAAUAUGAUUGAAAAUUUAUUAUUACAACAAGUAUUACUUUAUACACGAGAACGAUCAAAAAAUAUACAUCCAUUACGUUCACCAUCAUCAACAACAAAUUCAUUAUUAGUACGACAACAAAUGAAUACACAAAGUGAUCAACAUUCAUUAUUAAAUUGUUCAACAUAUGAUAAUAAUGAUAAUGAUGAACCAACAUUAUGUCUUAUUGAAUCUCGUCAACAAAAUUCAAGUGAAUUAAUUGAAAAUAUUCUUAAUCAAUAUAAUCAACGUCAUGAUAAUCCAUCAAAUUUUGAUCAAACAUUAAUGGAAUUAAUUGUUAAACGUAAUCGUGAACGUCAUAAAAUUUCAUCCUAUGCAAAUAAUAUUUUUUAUUUACGUUUACAAUGGCUUGCUAUUGGUUUUGUUAUUGAUCGUUUAUUUUUUUCUAUUUAUUUUGCUGCAACAAUUAUAUCAUAUUUGGUAACAUUAUGGUUUAUACCUUUUACACAUCCAAAUUUAAAAAUUGAUAUUCAUACAUUAUAA